GCCUGGCAUGAACGUGGAGGAACUUCGUUUGCGCUCGUUCUACCGUUGGCCGACGGCAGGAAGUGAUGAUGGACUGUUGGCCACCAGACUGGCCCGUGAUGGGUUCUACGCCACGGAAAUACCGUUCCAGAUCAAGUGUUACUUCUGUGGUUUGGUCCGCGAAGACUGCCGCAACGUGAUGGAAGUGACGGAAUCACACCGGAACCGAGAACCUGGCUGCGAGUUGCUGCUGCACCCCGAGCGCACCAACAACUGUCGCAACUUUCGGGCGAUCGAGCUGAUGGAGGAGCAGAAUCGACUGGCCACGUUCGUGAACUGGCCCGUUUCCUUCAUGAAAGCGGAAGAGUUGGCCAAGGCGGGCUUUUACUAUACACACCAUUCGGAUGAGGUAAAGUGUGCGUGGUGUUCCGGUGUAAUCGGUCGCUGGGAAGUAGGCGACGAUGCGUUCCGGGAACACGCAAAGUUCUUCCCUGGGUGCGCGAAGGUAAUCCUGGAUUCGACCCGCUCGGACCCAGUGGCGGACACUGCGAUCGGAAUUCUGCCCGUACAACUGCCACACAAUCAAGAGUACUGUACGCUUGAUGCGCGUAUCCGCUCCUUUGAAAACUGGACCGCUGGUCACGUGCAGGAACCGGGGAGGUUGGCCGAAGCUGGUUUCUACUUUCUCGGCGAAGCGGACGAAGUACGGUGCUUUCACUGUGACGGUGGACUACGUCUCUGGCUCGCCGAUGACGAUCCUUGGUUCGAACAUGCUCGCUGCUUUCCUCUGUGUCGGUUCCUGCAGCUGGUCAAGGGCAAAACAUUCAUCGACAACGUUCAAGGCCAGGUGGCAAGAAAUCUACAAGCCAUACCCACCGUAUCUACCGAGACCUCAGUACCGCCGGCCAGCGCCGUCGACGGUCCAGCAAGAACCACAGUUCCAGCACCGGCAGCUUCCCGAAUGACUCUCGAUGAAGCACUGUCAACGGAACCGGUCCAGCAAGCGCUCCAGAUGGGGCUUAACAUCGGGCGCAUAAGGGCCGCCACCAAGCGUCGGCUCGAGACGACGGGCCAACCGUUUCCUACCUCGCAGGAGUUGGUCGAGGUCGUACUAGACGAUCAGAUCGAAGAGGAGGAUCUCGAACCCAGUACCUCAUCCCGGAUGGAGCGCAGAAUGGAAGCGGAACUCCGCCAGUGGACAAGCAUGGGUCAAAAACAAUCGGACAAGAAGGUGAAAGCCGGAGCGGCCAGUGGCCCGAAGACAAACGAAGGCAACCAAGCAACUACCGGGGAUGCCAACAGUUGCCUGGCAACCAAUGCAACGGAGCAGAGCAACAUCAUCCUAAACGAUGAGGCUGCGCAGCGACUGAGAGAAGAGAACAAGCGGCUCAAGGAUGCUCGCGAAUGUAAGAUCUGUAUGUCGGACGAAGUGGGCGUAGUGUUUUGCCCCUGUGGCCAUCUGGUUUCCUGCGUCCAGUGUGCACCGGCCAUCACCCAUUGUCCUGUCUGCCGGGCCCUCAUCACGGGACGGGUUCGCACAUUUUUCUCGUAAGAUUUGCGCGCAGUCCCACCACUCAAAAAACCAAUGCCACCUCGCAUCAACUUAGUGUGUUAUAGCGUGUGUUCACCGUUGUAGAUUGGUGUUGGAGAAAGAUCUAUUGCUCAGAACUCGAAGCAGCUCGGUGAUGCGGUAGUUAAUCGUAAAUAAUGUUAACGUAUGGAAAGCCUGGUAGUAUUUAAAACCGUUCCGACUUUGUCUUCUUUAAAUAUUUAUUUUGGUUAGAACUGACUCUCAGCUAGGAAGGAACAGUACCGGUGGUGUCGCGCUGAUGCGUCGCCUAGGCUACGGUACGUUAAAUUAAAUUCGAAACGUUCGAAUGGCUCAAAAAGUAGGGUGUAAAGAAAUUAUUGCUCAGAACAUAUUUGAGGAAAUGAUUUUUCUGUUAGAUUAGCUGUAAGAAAUUGAUUGUGGUAUUACCUUCUGUCAGGACUGUCCGUCGUGGGUUUUCCAAUAAACUUAGUGUUGCAUAACGUGUUAAA